CGUCGCCGAAAUUUACACCAUUCAAUUCCUAACAUCAUUCGAAGUCCAGUGCUCGUUCGGAGCAGGUAGCAAUCUGAAAUUGAACUUUUUUGUGCAUUUUGUAUCAUGUUUUUGAGUUUCGAAGAAGCGCGAGUUCGUCAGUGAUUCUUCAACGUUCCAGUUCGCAGACUGAGUGACCAGGGAUGACUAAAAUGCCAACGACACCUGAAUGUGACUAUGAUUUGGUUUCGAACGAGGGUUUAUUAUCGCUCUUGCGAAAUGAAUCGAAAAACAUAGUGAUAUUGGAUUGUAGGAGCUCAAACGAAUAUACGGAAUGUCACAUAAGGGAUUCCGUGAAUUUUUCCAUUCCCUCUAUUAUGCUGAGGAGAUUGGCGGCUGGAAAAAUCGAACUGGCCUCGACAAUCAAAUGUAGAGAUUUAAAACAGAAGAUUUGUAAAACGUACAAGGAAAAUUUGUUCAUUUUGUAUAACGAUGUACCUGGAGUUCAACAGCAUCAGACCGAUUCGGUCCUCAAUGUUUUGUUACGAAGAUUAACGCAAGAUGGAUGCCGUGUUGCUUGUUUGGAAGAUGGUUUUCCGAAAUUCCGUGCGACGUUUCCGGAGUGGUGCAAGAGUUGCACGGAGAGCGUCGAUUUUCCAGGGGGCGUCCCUACGGCCGCAGGACCGGACCCGCUGCCCCUGAUGGGUUUGAGGUCGCUCAGGAUAUCGGCCACUCCAAUACAUCGACCUCACAGAAGUUGUGACAGCUUGUCUUCCACCGCGAACAGCUCUACAGAAAGUUCCGAUACCGAUGAACGGUGUGAUAGUUCAUUAGGAUUAGAAGAUGAUCGAGAGUUUCCUGUCGAGAUACUUCCCUACCUCUUUCUAGGCAAUGCAAAUAAUAGUGAGGAUAGUCAGGCAUUAGCAAGACAUAGUAUCCAGUAUAUACUGAAUGUCACAUCGGAUUUACCAAAUGUGUUCGAAGAUCAAGGAAGUAUAAAAUAUAUGCAAAUUCCGAUUACUGAUCAUUGGUCCCAAAAUCUGGCGAGUCACUUCCCUAAGGCCAUAGAAUUCAUCGAGGAAGCAAGGUCUCGCCAAAAGGGAGUGCUCGUUCAUUGUCUGGCCGGCAUCUCGAGAUCCGUGACGAUAACGGUGGCUUAUCUCAUGUACAAGUGCUCGCUGAACCUGAACGACGCCUUCAACUUGGUCCGUUCCAGAAAGUCGAACAUCGCCCCCAACUUCCACUUCAUGGAGCAGCUCCUCACCUUCGAGAGGGAACUGAAACUUGACGUUUCCUCCCAGAGCGUCCAGUCGCUACAGGAGAAGAUCAGACAGGAGCAGAAGAGCCAGGGCAGCAAGCCGGAGAAGCAGAAGUCGAAGGGUCCAUGUAAAUAUUGCAACCUGACAACUGACUGUAAAUGCCAGCAGCACACUGAUUUCUUGAGCCCACUGGCCCACAUCGGCGUCAGUCCGGAUUCGGGAAUAGAAUUCGAUAGGUGGGGGUCCGGCACCCCCGGGAGUAAAUGAAACGAACAGGGGGGGUCGCAGUGGCACUUUUAGUAAGCUUGUAACGGUUUUGUUACUGCCAUCCUCCCUCCAGGAAAAGCAUUUUUUACGUUUGCAUUUAGGUGUAUUCCGGCGUAAAUAUUGGAUUCAUGCGAGUUAUUCUGUUGAAAUAUAUUUUCGGGGUGGAUUAUCGAUGAAUUGGGGAGGAAUCGAAUAUCAUUCAGUCCAUCAGUUUUUUGUGCCUUGUACCGAGAAAUUUUCUAUGCCGUUGCGGUGUAAUCGUUUGAAUUCUUAAGAUUAAAAAUUUAAUGGAAGCUUAAAAGGAUAACUCCCCCGUUUACGUGAUCUGGAUAUACAGCACAAGUGUUUCAUUAUAUUUUAAAAUGCCAGUAUUCAUCGCUUUAUUUAUACUUGGAUGGAUAGAUUGUUCGUUUAAUGUUGCUAUUAUAAUUAGAAUUUAACUAAAAAUUUUUAAUGAACUGUUAUGAAAAUAUUACAAGUAGUUUUCAAAUACAUAAAAAUAAUGCACAAAGUGGAGAUUUAUGAACUGCAAUACUUUGAAUGGUUUCUACUUGAUGAUUCCAUUGAAAGAAGAAAAAUUCUAAAAUAUUCAAUAACUUUUGAUGGGUUCUAAAAUUUAGGUUUAUAGUAUAUGUUAUUGAAUGUACUUAAUCAUGUGAAUAAAUUUUCUUUCGACUUUUUUUCUAAAUACUAAUCUUUCAAUCAGGUGUAAAUUAUUGAAAAACCUGAGAGUUUCUCUAUAUCCUAUCGAAGCCUUAGAUCAGAUAUCCUGCAGUAAAAAUAUCCAACUGGACUUGAGAUUUGUGCCAUAUUUAGUUUAUUUUUGUGCAUCUUGCCAUGAAAAAAUAGAAUACAUAUUUCGGUUGCGUUUUCCGAUUAGGGAGCGCAACCUUAUUGUUGAUGUUACAAAUAAAUAUUCUAUGUACGAAUAAAUGUUGAAUGAAGUAUAUAUUUUCAUGAUGAAAUGUAUCGUCAAUGUGGCGAAAUUUUGAGUACCUUCACCGAAACCGUUUUCCAAAGUAACGUUAAUCUUUAAAGGAUAAAUGCUUAGGAAUAAGGGAUUAUAAUGUAUGAUUCGGACUGUUGAAAAUGCUGUUGUUUUAAGACUGAACUUGGUAUUUAGGAUUGGAUUCCCGAGAUUUUGUGGGAAUGAUUAGUUUAAUCCAAAGAAUUUCGAGAAGGAAAAUGCAGCACUCUCAAAAAUUUUAAUAUGAUAACUUUAUAUGAAAUUCCACGAUGGCUCUACAGAAUUCCAAGUGGUGCGAAAAGUAAAAUCAGGAAAAUUCACUAUGAACCACAAUUAGCAAAGUGGAAAAUCAUGCAAUUUUUUGAUGAUGUUAAAUAUUACUGAAUUUUUGGAAGGAGAGCUGUUGGGAUUUUUCGCGUUCAUUGAGGUUUAAAUCAAUUAUUAUAUUGAAUAAAAUAUUUAACUGUUGUAAGGAUGAUAGCAACAAUUAGCAAGUUAUUGUAUGAAUGAAUAGUCUUAACAACUUGAUGUUCGGAUCACCUUUUCAAAUCUGAUGAUGUAGUAAACAAGAUUUUUUAAUUGAGUAAAUGUAUUUUAUAUGUUUACAAUUUUCUAUUGUGACAUUCCCAUACAGAAAAAUUUUUCACAUUUGUUAUAAUAUAAUGUAGGUAUUUAUUCUUCCAAAUGUUCUACUUAUUCUUAGUAAUAUGGUAGUAACAAGAAUCCUGUAGAAUAAUACUGAAUUUACUACCUAUUUCCUUAUGUAUUUACUUAUUGAUGUUAUUUUAUAUUGUGUAUAAUAAUACUAUUUAUAAAUUAUAAAUUCAUGUUUCUUCAUAUCAAUUUUUUUGUAAUAAAAUUUUAUUGUAAUUCUA